AUGACGAAACAUGAGUUUUUAAGAUAAACGAUGCACAGGGAUACUCCACCACCUUCUCCAGAUAUGAAUGAGCAAAUAGAAGAUGAAGAUAUGAUAUAUAUAGGUGAUGUAGAAGAAGUGAUAGAUGCAUAUGAUGCAGGAGAUAUUGAAGAAGAAGAUGCAAUGGAGGAAGAUCUUUCAGAAGGAGAUGCAAUUUGUGUUUUUACUGGUCAUAAACGAGGUUCUGUUUUUUGCGGUACUUUGAGUAAAAAUGGAAAACUAGCUGCUACAGGUGGUGAAGAAGAUAAAGCUUAUGUUUGGGAUACAUCAACAGGAGAAAUUAUUCUGGAUUGCACAGGUCAUAAAGACAGCAUUAUUUUUUCAGCAUUUAAUUAUGAUGAAUCAUAUUUAGCUACUGGAGAUAUGAGUGGUCUGAUACAAGUUUGGAAAGUAGCUGAUAAAAUUAAAAUUUGGGAUUAUAAUAUGGGUGAUGCUACUUGGAUGAUGUGGCACAUAGCUGCAAAUGUUUUAUUAGCAGGAUCUGUUGAUGGUGAAAUAUUUCCAGAUGGCAAACGUAUAGCAAUAGGUUAUGAAGAUGGAGUUGUUAGGAUAUUAGAUUUAAAAACUAAUUCUGUAUUAUCAUUCAUAUCUUCUACAUAUGGUCAUUCUCAUACUAUAACUACUAUCGAUUGUCAUUCUGAUAACAAUUUAAUACUUUCUGCAGCUGUAGAUGGAAAAACAAUAAUCAGUACUUCAAAUACUGGAAAGAUAGUUUCUAUUUUGCAAAAUCUUAAUAAUAAUGAGAAGAAUAAUGUAAUUAAUGAUCAAGAUGCUGGAAAUAAUGAAGAAAAUAAAGAGAUAAAUAAUUGGGUAGAGACAGCAGUUUUUUGUAAAGAUCCAACAUUUCAAGUUGUUGCAACUGGUACAGUGAAUGGAGAAAUUUUUAUCUGGGAUAUUUCAAAACAGAUGCUUAGACAAAAAAUAACACAAGAAAGUGGUAUAUCUAAACUUGUAUGGAAGGGAAAUACGACUGUAUUAUUUUCUGCAGGAUUAGAUGGUAUUUUGAGGUGUUUUGAUGGAAAAAAUGGUCAAUGUUUACGUUCAUUUGUAGCACAUACAGCAGAUAUUCUUGACCUAUAUAUAUCUGAAAAUGGAGAAAAAGCAUUGACAACAUCUGAUGAUUUUACAGCUAGAAUUUUUGACAUUUCAUCUUUAUCUUAAUAAAAUUUUUAGAUAGAAAAAAUUAUAGAAUCUUUGUUAUUAUCUAAAAAUAUAUAUAUAUAUAUAUAUAUAUACAUUUUAUGAAAGUUGUUCAUAUAUUGUGCUUUGUUUUCUUUUUGAAUUAAAAAUAAAAUUUAUUUAUUUUUA